CCCCCGGAUAUCCGAAGAGAACAUGCCCGACGACACGAGGCAGCACACCAUCUCGGACGAAGAGCUGGGGGAGAUUUACGCCUUUGCCAUCCAGCUGGGCCGAGACGCGGGACAGAUCCUCCUGAAGAGUCUCCAGCGGAGGCGGCGGGACGACAGGGACAACAGCGACAAGGACCAUGCCAACGCCGGAUCCCCCCAAGAGGAACUGGUGAUGCACGAGAAGCUCAACGCCGUCGACAUCGUGACCGCCACCGACACCGAGGUCGAGGAGUUCAUCCACUCGGCCGUGCGCCGGCGGUACCCGUUGCACGCCUUCGUCGGCGAGGAGAUGUACUCGCGGGGCGCGUCGAAGGAGUACCUGGUGCGCGCGGACCGGCCGACGUGGGUGGUCGACCCGCUGGACGGGACGGUCAACUUCACGCACGGCUUCGGCAUGUUCUGUGUGAGCAUCGCGCUGGUGGUCGGCCACACGCCCGUGGUGGGCGUCGUGCACGCGCCGCUGCUGGGCCAGCUGUUCUCGGCGUGCCGCGGCCGCGGCGCCUGGCUGAACGAGACCACCCGGCUGCCGCUGCUGGGCCGCCAGGGCGUAGGGCCCAUCCCCCGGGCGGCGCCCGCGCAGUGUAUCUUCGCCUUCGAGUGGGGGAAAGACCGCCGGGACGUGCCCAACGGCAACCUCCACCGCAAGGUCGACAGCUUUGUCAACAUGGCCGCCGAGCUGGGCGCGCGCGGCGGCAAGGGCGGCAUGGUCCACGGCAUGCGCAGCCUGGGCAGCGCGACCAUGGACCUCGCCUACACGGCCAUGGGCAGCUUCGACAUCUGGUGGGAGGGCGGCUGCUGGGAGUGGGACGUCGCCGCGGGCAUCUGUCUGCUGACCGAGGCCGGCGGGCUGGUCACCACGGCGAACCCGCCGGACGACUGGGAGACCGCGGACAUUGUCGACGCCAAGCUGGGCGGGAGGCUGUAUCUUGCCAUCCGGCCCGCCAGCGACGGUCCAGAUGGCGAGACGGCCAGGCAAGGCCAGGAGAGGUGCGUGAGGGAAGUGUGGAAGAGGGUCAGGAGAUUGGACUAUUCUAGGCCCGGGGCUUGAGGAGAAACCCUCGAUACGUCGCUGCUGCAAAGUUUCAUGUACAUCAUGUAUCCCUCUAUAUCUCUAUAUCAUGUCAGGGGUAUCUCAAACGUGUGGAACAGCGUCGAAAAGGUGGACCAUACACAGGCCCCAACUGCCAACUCGUAUCUGUGCAUGCAUCUCAAGAGUGCAGGUUAAACACGAUCCACCUCUUG